AUGAAAAUUGUUCGGACGUUUUUAGUGUCCCAUAUUUUUACCUUUCUAACCAUUAUUCACGCCUUACGGUUGCAGGGAACGAUGGAGACGAGAGAUUAUUUCCGAUUUCUUUCAAAGUUCGGAUUUCAGAAAACCGAUCAAAAUAAUGGCGAUCAAACACAAGGAUAUGUUUACGGAAAUAUUACAUCGCGUUCAAAUAAAAGUUCUAGUAUGAUUUUAGUUGUAGUUGAUAGUGAAUAUUUUAAAGAAUUUUAUGGAAAUCAAACUCAUUCUAAAAAUUCCUGCCAAAAGUCAUUGAACAAAAUAAACACCAUUGCAUUUGAUGCUGUGUGUUUUCCUAAUGGACCAGAAGAUUUUCUAAGGCGAGUUCCGUGUCCUAGAGGUAUGGUAUGUGCUGAUGAGGAUACCCCAGAGAAUGUGAUCAAAGGAUAUCAGUUUACUUAUAGAAUUCGAGAUUAUCAGAGACCAAGAUACUGGUUUCUAAGUAUAGUAUCAUGUCAGCUGGAUAGAGGUGGCAGUCAGCCAUCUUGUCAGUGGCAUGACACAUCUAGUGACAAUGUGACAAUAGAUUAUGAUAUUUGGUUGGUGAAUGGGGAUCCAGAUUUAAAGCAUUACAACCCCUUCGAACAUCAGUUUUCAUUUGAAAUGCACGAUGUGUUCGAAAUUCAUCUUACAGCUUUAGUGAUUUGUGUGAUAAUUCUCCCGAUGUGGAUUUAUGUUUAUCUUAAACAAAAACACGCUAUAACUCAAAUUCUCUCAGUGUGUAUUGGAUUACAGAUGUCAGGAAUAGCAGCAAACUUUUUAUAUGUUUUAUUAAUAGCAAUAUUAGGUACUGGAUAUACCUAUCUUGCAGUGACUGGUAACUUUCUAGCGUUAGCCUCUCAGUGUUUUUUUGUGUUAUUUUUAAUAUUUAUAGCGAAAGGAUGGGGUAUUACAACAGAUGCUCUGCCUGGUAAAAUUGUGAUGUAUAUAAUCUGGGGUUUUUAUACAAUAUUAAAUAUUGUACUCUUUGUUUGGAAUUUGAUUUUAUUAGAUCCUGUUAUUAAUACAGAUAAAUGGCAGACCUAUCCUGGAUAUCUCACACUGGCAUUCCGUCUUGUAAUCAUGAUCUGGUUUUUAUAUGAACUACGUAAAACAUCUCAAAAAGGUCACCAUCUUGACCGAUUACAGUUUUUCCAACAUUUUGGUGCGUUUUUUCUGGUGUGGUUUGUGUAUUUACCAGCGUUAGUGCUCAUCUGUUCACAGAUUUCUGCUCUGUGGAGAUAUAAAACUAUUUUAAGUAUAUCAUAUGCAGCUGAGAUAUUAGGAUAUAUAGUUUUAAUACAUUUAUUAUGGCCCAGUAGAUCUGUGUUAUAUUUAAUUAAUGGAGAGGUACCAUUACAGACUUGGGAUCUGGAAAUAACAGGUUAG